AUGGCAGCCAAAACCUCCAGCAGCCGCAGAGCCACAGCUGGCUCUCCUCCAGAUGUGUAUGCACCUGUCUCCUGGUCCUCACGAGCUGGCAGAGCUGGUGUGGAAUGUAUACGCCUGCACUGCCCAGACUCCAGGCAUAUCUUUACCAAAUGGUUGAUGCUGGAGAAGCACAAGGACCCUGAUCUGAAAGAAAUGACAGAUGCCACCAAUGAGGAGGAAACAGAAAUAAAAGAAGACACCAAGGUCCCCAGUCCCAAGCGGAAGUUGGAAGAAUCAGUUCUGGAGUUCAGGCCUCCCAGAGGAGCAAUCACUCAACCAGUGAAAAAGCUGAAAAUCAAUGUUUUUAAGAUUCACAGGUGUGCCAUGUGUGGUUUCACCACUGAAAACCUGCCGCAGUUCCACAGACACAUCCCUCAUCACUACAAAUCGGAUGGUUCUUCCUGCCAGUGCCAGGAGUGUGGUCUCUGCUACACGUCUCAUGUCUCUCUGUCCAGGCACCUCUUCAUCGUGCACAAGUUAAAGGAACCUCAGCCAGUGUCAAGCAGAACCGGCCGGGGAAGGUAACCGGCCGGGGAAGGAAACCAACAGGAGAACAAACCCAGCCAUGAGGAUGAGUCCCCCGAUGGCGCUGUGUCAGACAGAAAGUGCAAAGUGUGCGCAAAAACUUUUGAAACUGAAGCUGCCUUAAAUACUCACCUGCGGACGCACGGCAUGGCCUUCAUUAAAUCCAAAAGAAUAAGUUCAGCUGAGAAAUAG